GACCUCCAUUCCGUCGCCACCCCUGAUGCCUUUGUUAUUGUGUUCACCAUUGACGACCGCUCUACCUUCGAGAGGGCGACGGACCUGCUCUACGAGCUGAGGAAAAUGGACGGCUGGUUGGGACCGGUUAUCCUGGUGGCCAACAAAUGCGACCUGGUUAGAACCAGGGGCGUGUCAACGGAGGAGGCCAAGAGCGUGGCGACGACCUACGACUGCAAGUACAUUGAGACCUCAGUGGUUCUCAACCACAACGUGGACGAGCUCCUGGUGGGCGUGGUCUCCCAAAUCCGACUCAAGAUGGCCACCACCGCCAAGUCCCCCGUCACCGACUCCAGCUGCUACGCCCGCAGUAAACACCUGCUCAGCCGGCUCUUCAAGAAAGAUCACCUGUCGAAGUCGUGUGAGAACCUCUACGUCUUGUAA